AAACCUCUCAUUUCAGGUCUCUUGGAAACGCUGGACACCCAGGUCGAUGACAAGAACUGCCCCGGUGUGUGCAUGCACUCGCUCGCAUCCAUGAUCUGCUCCAACGUGCUGGACGACAUCACUUGCCCCAACCCCUCCAUGAAGUGUUGUGUUGACGAACCGAUCGGCAAUGAAACAAUGAUCACGACGAGGAAGCCCUUCACAACGCGUUACACGACGCCCGAGUCUGACUCCGAUGAAGACUACGCCACCACCAAGUCGCCCAACGACAAAUAUAAAGACAGUGGCAAUAUCGCUUGUCCGGGCGUCUGCGUCGAGUCACGUCUCAGUCAAUACUGCCAGGCGUAUCUCACGACGAGUGGGCUCUGCGUGUCCGACAGGUUGUGUUGUGUUUCUGAAGACGGUUAUGGGGACAAACGGCCGCCAGAUCUGGUGGUUCCUGGCGAAAAGAAAUAUUCUACUAAGCGUCCCACAACAGCGCUGACAACAACUGUACCAGCAAAACACAGACCAGGAAGGAAGUGCCGUGGGGAGUGUCUCAGUGGCCUGCUAGUGUUGCUAUGUGAGAAUGUCGACAACGACGCCGUCUGCCCCUCGGAGGGCACGUGCUGCCUCACGGAGCCCUACACCACGGAGGCCACGAGACGACCCACCACCACACCACGACCGACCACACCGCCUCCUCUGCCGAGAUGUCCGGGCUACUGUCUCAUAAACAUAAUGAAAGCCUUCUGCGAGCGGCCUGCGGUGCUCGUCGGGAACACGCACUGCAAGCUGAGUGGCUCCGUGUGCUGUGAUAACACGAGAGUCCCGCGCACUACUCCGCGUACAACAACGACGACGACAACAACAACACCGGCGCCUGUCGACCCGCGCCCCGACUGCCCCGGCUCCUGUAUCGUCUCCUUGCUCUCCUUCACGUGCUUCCGUAACGCGGAAAUGACGGAUGUAUUUAAGUGCAAGAAGUCAGGAACGCAGUGCUGUGCGCCCAAAUCAAAGAUCCAGGAGGUGACGGGCGUCAGCAAUAAGGACGCCUUUCCCCUCGCCACCACGCACAUUUACACGCCGAAUACACACACCGUUCCACACACAUUACCAUACACAAGUCCUUUACGUAAGUAUUCAUCUCAAUAUGAACCCAACUAUGUCACGACCCUGAGGACUCCAGAGAAAUACAACAAAUACGUGUGCGGUGUCAAAGGCACGUCGUCGCGGUCGGGGCGCGUGAUGGGCGGCGAGGACGGCGACCGCGGCGAGUGGUGCUGGCAGACGGCGCUCAUCAACUCGCUCAACCAGUACCUGUGCGGCGCCGCGCUCGUGGGCACGCAGUGGGUGCUCACCGCCGCGCAUUGCGUCACCAAUAUCGUGCGCUCGGGCGACGCGAUCUACGUGCGCGUGGGCGACCACGACCUGACGCGCAAGUACGGCUCCCCCGGCGCGCAGACGCUGCGCGUGGCCACCACCUACAUCCACCACAACCACAACAGCCAGACGCUGGACAACGACAUCGCGCUGCUCAAGCUGCACGGCAAGGCCGAGCUUAAAGAAGGCGUGUGCCUGGUGUGCCUGCCGGCGCGCGGUGUGAGUCAUGCGGCGGGCAAGCGCUGUACCGUUACGGGCUACGGGUACAUGGGGGAAACGGGUCCAAUACCGCUGCGAGUACGGGAGGCGGAGUUGCCCAUUGUGAGCGACGCUGAGUGUAUCCGCAAGGUGAACGCUGUCACAGAGAAGAUCUUCAUCCUGCCCGCGAGCUCCUUCUGCGCGGGCGGCGAGGAGGGAAAUGACGCUUGCCAGGGUGAUGGAGGCGGACCGCUAGUAUGUCAAGACGAUGGUUUCUACGAACUAGUAGGUCUAGUGUCAUGGGGUUUUGGCUGCGGACGAAAAGAUGUACCCGGCGUUUAUGUUAAAGUAUCCUCCUUUAUCGGCUGGAUUAACCAAAUUAUAUCUGUCAAUAAUCUAUAA